AUGUUCACCAUGCCUGUUCAAGCCGCUUCUAGAAAAAUGAUGGUGUCCACCACCGCCAGAAGAGCCCUUUCCACCAGCAGCACUUCUGCUAGCGGAAUCCCUCCUCAUAUCAAAUACACCUUGGUUGUUUGUAUCGGUGGUGCCUUCGUUGCUGCUGGUGCCAUGACUAAAUGGUACUACCAAUCCUCUCCAAUGAAGAAGAUCUUCAGAGACCCACAACACAACUUGCAUCACCACUAA